AGUGGAGAGUGGCCAGAGAGGCAGGCUGUACUAUGACAGCAUGUCAGACUGUUAGAGAGAGAGCAGACAGACACAGAGCAGGCAGCAGGAGCCCUUUAACUACUGCUACUCUAACUGCUCUACAUGGAUAAUCUACUGGCUGUUCUAUUACCCAUUCCCUGAAGGGCAUUUCUCUCUGAGUCACCCUAAAAGGAACCUUUUCUUAAUCUGAAGACCAUUUUGGUACAGAGCUGUGCAGGAAAGAGAAUCUCAGCUGAGGCCCUGGGGUGGUUUGAGUGCAUGGAGGCUGAUUGGAGGCGGCUGUCCAUCCUGGAAGGCUCGUUGUGAGGUGAAAGGUCAUCAGUCCAAGCCCAGAGUCAUCUGUAGCCCCAGAGGAGCUGCCCGGCUUCACUUUUACAACAGCGCACCAGUUUCCCAUUCAGGGGGCCCAGACCUACAGGAAGAGAGGGAGAGGAAAUAUACACAGGGGAGAAGAAGACACUCUUCAUGAAUUCCCCAAAAUCGUGAAAGACAAACCAUAUGAGUUGGCUGGCAGUCGUGAGGAGAGGAGCUAUGUGGACAAUAAGCAUGGCCCAGCUCUGUCUCCCGGCAUUCAUUCUCCUACUGGCCUACACCUUUGUCCAAGCAGCUGCCACCGAGGACGAUGUCACUCCACGACUCAGCUUCACUUACAAUGCAAAUGAGAGAUCAGCCAAGAGAUUCUCUGUGGAUGGGGUCUUCAAUUAUACCUCUCUGCUCCUCAGUAGGGAAGAUAACAUGCUCUAUGUUGGAGCACGAGAGGAGCUCUUCGCCCUCAACCUCUCUGAUAUCAGCAGAGUCAAGCUACAACGUAAUCUGACAUGGAGCACACAUGAGAGGAAGAGAGAUGAGUGCAGUUUCAAAGGCAAAGACCUACAGACUGAUUGCUUCAAUUACAUCAAGAUUUUACUGCGUGUGAACAGUACCCAUCUAUACGUGUGUGGAACCUACGCCUUCAGUCCAAUCUGUGCGUACAUAAACACAGCUGACUUCACUCUGGUGAGGAGCCAGACUGGGGAGAUAGUGACAGAGGACGGACGCGGCCGCUGCCCUUUCAACCCUGAGUACAAGUCCACUGCCAUCAUGGCUGAUGGAGAGCUGUAUGCUGGAACGGUCAGUAAUUUCCAAGGAAAUGAACCUAUUAUUUACAAGAGCCUGGGCCAAGGUGCUGCCCUAAAAACAGAAAACUCCUUGAACUGGCUUCAGGACCCAGCCUUUGUGGGCUCUGCCUACAUUCAGGAGAGCCUGCCCAAAGGCAACCCAGUGGGCGACGACGAUAAGAUUUACUUCUUCUUCAGCGAAGCGGGAAAGGAGUUUGAAUUCUUUGACAACACCAUUGUAUCGCGCAUCGCUCGCGUGUGUAAGGGUGACAAAGGAGGAGAGAGGGUGCUGCAGAAGAAAUGGACCACCUUCCUUAAAGCCCAGCUCCUGUGUUCACUGCCUGAUGAUGGCUUCCCCUUCAACAUCAUCCAGGACAUGUUUGUGUUGACACCCAGCCCAGAAGACUGGAAGAACACUGUGUUCUACGGGGUCUUUACUUCACAGUGGUAUAAAGGGGCCUCUGGCAGCUCAGCAGUGUGUGCCUUCACCAUGGACCAGGUGGAGAGGGCCUUCAGUGGCCGUUACCGUGAGGUCAACCGGGAGACCCAGCAGUGGUACACCUACAACCACCCUAUCCUUGAUCCACGGCCUGGAGCGUGCAUCACUAACGCAGCCCGGGAGCAGGGCAUCUCCUCCUCUUUGCAUAUGCCUGACAAGGUACUGAACUUCGUCAAGGACCACUUCCUGAUGGACAGUGUGAUCCGCAGCCAGCCCCUCCUGCUGAAACGCAGCGUCCGCUACACCCAGAUAGCUGUCCACCGGGUCCAGGCCAUCCACAAACACUACAAUGUGCUCUUCAUUGGAACAGAUGAUGGAAGACUCCACAAAGCCAUUAAUGUCAACAACAAGAUGCACAUCAUUGAAGAGAUUAUGCUUUUCACUGACCCCCAGCCUGUACAGCACAUUGAACUGGACUCUGAAAAGGGCCUGCUGUUUGUGUCCUCCUACUCUGGCCUGGUGGAGGUCCCGGUGGCUAACUGCUCCAACUACCAGAGCUGUGGAGAGUGUGUCCUGUCCAGGGACCCUUACUGUGCCUGGGAAGGGAGGCAGUGUCUGAAUGUCAGGCUGGGUGGACUAGAUAACCACUGGCAGCAGGACGUGGACGAGGCAGACACAUCCGUUAUCUGCAACAAGACACAGCCCAGCCCUCGCUUUGCUAAACCCCCACCCACACGGAUGUCUUCAUGCCAGGUGAUAAUGAUCCCAGCCAACAUGUUCAAAGUGCUGCCCUGUAAGCUGCGCUCCAACCUGGCUGAGAGGAAGUGGGAGUACAGUGAGGGUGCAGGUCACUUCCUGUACCCCAGUCCUGAGGGAGGUCUAGUAGUGGUGGCCCAGGCUGACAGACAGGAGACCUAUGAGUGCUGGUCAGUAGAGGAGGGCUUCAGGCAACUCCUGGCCAACUACUGUGUUAGGGGAGAGGCCAGGCAGGAGAGCACCACCGUCAUUGGCCGCUCACGCACCCCUCUGGUCCCACAGGAGGAGCCAAUCAUCCUACCUGGAGAGACCCGCUCCCCACAGAUCAACACCAAGACCUACUGGAACGAGCUCAUCGUUGUGUGUGCCCUGCUGGGCUUCUCCCUGGUGGUCUUCUCCCUAUUUGCGGUCUACAGGAACCACGACCGCAUGAAGUCCAUGCUGAAGGAGGGCGAGUGCCCCAACAUGCAGCAGAAGAAACCCAGGCUAGUGGGGAAUCCGGCGGAGAACUUGCCUCUGAAUGGCAACAGCACAGUGCCAGCCUCUGUGUCAGACCACAAGGGUUACCAGACCCUCAAUGACAACUACAUCUGCAGCACACCGCCACAUGAGUGCUCAUCACCAGACAACAGCAAGAGCUUCUCAGAGUCAGAAAAGAGGCCUCUGAACUUGAAGGAGAGCACUGUAGAGAUCUCGCCCAUCUGCCCGCGGCCUCGGGUGAGACUGGGCUCAGAGAUCAAAGAUUCCAUUGUGUGAGGACGGCUUUGAUCAACUUGAGCAGGAGAUAAAACUCUAAUGUGGAGUGAUUAACUAUUAGCCAUAAGAAAAGAGGGACUUAAAAUAAAAUAAAAACACAGAAGGAACACUGAAAAAUGUUAACUUCUUUGCAGAGGGACAUUUCAUUACACUGCUUUUGCACUUUUGUCUUUUUCAUUUUGUCCCUGUGGUCAGUUCUCAUUUCCUUGUUGUCACUCCUCUUUCUCUAGUGCACCUGAAGCACAAUGAAGAGGAAGCUGAUACAGAUUGCCUUCAGACUAUUGAAGCUGUGGAAUGAUGGUUAUGGUGGACAUAGGACACAUACAGCUGAAAUUGUCCUUCUGUAACAGUUUUUAUAUGAUUCAGUCAUGUUGUUUUUAUGCAUUGCCACUCAGUCCGUCCAAAUGUUCUGUUGGCAUUGCAUUGAAAGUAGAGAGAUACUCUAUGGGUCCACAGCUGACCCUUAACUCUCCUACCUACAUCCACAGUUAGUGUGCGCUUAGCCCUACACUGAGAAUGAUAGUAGAAUAACAAACAGCCUCUAAUUCAAACACUAUAGUAAGUAGAUCAAUAGACCUUUCACUGAUGACUUAGUUAUAACAGCAGUCUAUCAGCUAUUAAUUCAAAGCAGUUUAAACUGUGGAUGACCUUAGAGCGACCUUAGUGCAGCAUAACCAGACAGACCAGACAGACCAUUAGAAUGGAAUCCACUGGUCAAGAAAGGGCUGACCAUCCCAGAGAGACAUGGAGAGAAACCAAUGAGGAAGGAAUGAAAGAGGUAGGGACCACCUGGCAUGAGGUGUGGAAAAAGAGCACACAACAGAAUAACAUAAUACUGGAGAGGUGUUGUUGUCCAGGUUCUCUGCUCUGCUCUACCAGGAGCUUAGAGAUGAAGUCAAGACUUGAAUGACUAACAUGUCUUGUGAAGGAGGAAAGAGAGAAAGCAACACUAUCCCCCCAAAUGGAGAGUAGUACAGAUGGGGUUUGUACAUCCAAAGGUAUUGGAGGAUAUGGUGCCUAACAUGCUGACCAGACAGGAUACAUCGCGUGUGCGAGCGUUGCAAAAUAAAUGUACACAUACAUGUUAUUCAAUCAUUGCACCCACACUGCUCGCUGGUGUCAGCGACCGUCUGCACGGCCAGGCGCUAAAAUAGAAAUCUAUUUGUGACGCUCAACGCGCUGCAAGUCCAGCCUCUCCCAUCUCCUCAUAGGUUUUUAGAAGCAUAUACCCACGUGGGUGAUUGAAAGAUGAACUUAGGUCUACACUCCGGUAGGUUGUAGUAAUGCACCUUGAAGUUGGUUGCCAACCGCCAUAUUAAAUCCAAAAUAAGAAGAAGCCUGAGAAAGGAGGAGAGAUGACGAGAAAGGAAUUCAGUUUACCAUUUUAUCUGUGGAUUAAUUGUUGGAGUAGAGGACCUUGUGCGUUUAAUCUAAAAUAACAAACCAAUGUUUAUAUCCCAGGACAAAUUAGCUAGCAACAGCAAGCUAGCUAGCUAAAUAGCCAUAAAUGUUUAAUGCUUUUCGACCUGUCCCGAAAUGAAUAUAAUUGGUUCAGAGUUUGUUUUGAUAUUUCAACCUGUGUGUCCUGAUCGCUUCUGGUGUGGGUGAACAAAAUCAACGUGCGCGCGUCCGGUUUGGUCAGCAUGUAAGUUAUGUGUACGACUGACAGGGUUGAAGCGUUCCUCUGACAUUGGGGAAGACCCGAGACCAGGUAUUAACAUAUUAUUCAUUAUGGAGCCAACAGAUUAUGCAAAGCACAUAAUGUGAAGUGGGGUGCAAGGUCAGACCAAAAGAGAAUCUCAUUUUGAGACUGUGCAGGCUCAUAGGUGUCCGCACAAUCUUGAUUAUUGAGAAUCAGAGGCAUUAUACUCACAUAUAAUUUAGUAUGCAAAAGAUUUUGUGCCCUUUCUGUAGCAUAGCGGCAGGGGAUGAGAGAGAGGCUAUCACUAGGCCUGGAGUUGUUGUAGCUAGGCUGAGAUCCCAGUAUAAAAUGCUGACUAGUUCAGUUUGUCAGUCAGAAACUGAUUCCUUCAGACACCAAGUCCUUCAGACACCAAGUUAAUGUGGGCUGAGACUGUAUAAAAACCUGUUCACCAUGUUGCUUAGAUAACUCUUUCCUGGCCCUGUGAUUCAGAGGCUAGUAGACAGCAGAGGUUAGAAGAACCACAUGUAGAGUGUGGCAACACAACAGAGUCAGCCAGUGGAGUAUGGAGCUCUUGGUGUUGAUGAUUGUGACUCACACACCCAGAGGAAACCAUGCUCUGUGUUCAUUUAUGUUGUGCCAAAAAUAACCUUUUUAAAAUGUGUAUUCUGUUUUCAUCCUUUCCAACACAACUGUCAUGUCAAAUCAAUGUUUUAUGUUUAAUGGGCCUGACUGAUUCAGCAUGUAUCAAAUAGUAUGUAUCAAACCAUUCAUAAUGUAGCCAUUCAGUGUAUAUGAAAGCUGCCAUAGUUACCAACAUCACCUCUGGUUUAAUGACACUAAUGACUGUAAACUGGGUUUUACUAAUAUGGAGCCAAGGCUUUCACAGCAGUUAUGGACCAGUCAAUGGAGGAAUGUCUUUUAAAAAACAAAAGUAAACUGAUAUUGUGAAAGGAUGGAACCUGCAUAAAUAAUAAUCCAAAA